UGAGAGGGGACCUGAGCCUGUGCAUGACCCCAGAUGAGAUCCAGGCAUACCUGGCCCACGGCUUGGAGGUGCCCUGUGGCCUGAGCGUGGCGCAGACGAGAACCCCACUGGGCCGGAACACCUUCUGCGUGCUGAGCUGUUCCUGUCCAGUGACCAUCGGACGCUGCAACAGUCAACUCCGCGCUCAUGGCUGCAGGCUGUGUCCCUGGAGAAACAGCCGUCCUUCCUAAGCUGGUGGCAGGCCACCUGGCCCGACCCCAACAUGCGGCUGGAGUAUGAGGGCACCCCAGUGCUGGGCGCCAGGAGCUGGUGGCUUCCCCCUGUGCGCCCCGUGCCAGGGACCCGGACAGGAAGAAGCGCGGCUCCAUUUCUGCUCUGCGGAUGGAACCGCACGGCCGGCCACGCCGGAGCAGGCCAGCUGCCACACUGCGCUCCAUCUCCCGUUCGCUGAUCCUGUGCAGUGCCCGGGCCAGUGAAGAUGGCCACAGCCCUGAGGAGAAGGGCCCUGGCUCAGAGCAGCUGGCGGACACAGCAGAGGCGGCCGAGCCCCCGGCCGGCGGGAGUGACUGGGGCAGGAAUUGCAGGUGGCUGUUCUCAAAGGAGCCCUCCAGCACGUUCUCUCGGGAGAAGCCGGGGCAGCCGGAGCUGCAGACGGCGGCCUGUUUCCUGCCCGCCCAGAUUAGCCCUCCGAGGGCACGCAGCAGCUCCACCAGUGUGAGCGCCUGCCGUUCGGGGGAUGUGGAACACUUCCUCAGGAGCAGCCCGAGUGCUGCUUCCCCCAGCCAGCAGCCCCCCUCAUUGAGCAGUGGCCGCAAGUCGUUGUCACAGCAGCUGGACGGGUCGGCAGUCCAGGCUGGGGGCCCCUGGAGAGCUGCACGGUCGCUGAGCAGCGCCCAGCUGGGGCAGCCCUCCGGGGUCCCACCAGCCUGGGUCAUCUCCAGCGUGGUGCUGAUGAAGGGCCAGGCCAAGGGCCUUGGCUUCAGCAUUGUGGGGGGGCAGGACAGCGCCUAUGGCCCCAUGGGCAUCUACGUUAGGACCAUCUUCCCAGGAGGUGCAGCUGCUGCCACUGGGCGCCUGCAGGAAGGUACAGCGAUCACUGGGCUCUACAAGGGCAGUGGGGUGGGGGGGGCGCGGGGAGGCGAGCAUGUGCAUCCUGACCCCCGGAACCUGCAGGUGGAUUUCCAAGUCUGGGAGCCUCUCACCCACAUGUACCUUCCUCUUGGGAGGUGCCGAUGGCUGAAACGUGGUGGGGUACCUCUGCUGCCUCUCGGAGCUCUCCCCCCGCACCUGUGUUGCCCAGGUCCCCUUUCUGGGGGAGUGUGGAGGGGAGUUUCAGUGCCAGACUCCCCUGGCCUCUGCAGGGCUCCUAGGACAGGCGGCAGGAGGCAGCCAGGAGCUGGGUGGGGUUGGACACUGGGCCACAUGGGAAUGGGGUGGGAAGGUGGCCAGGGUCUCCACCAUCCAAGGGCGCUGCUGGAGGCCCAGGCUGGGGUUUCCUUCCCUCUCGCCUCAGGAGAUGAGAUUCUGGAGCUUAACGGGGAGCCCAUGGCUGGACUCACCCACCAGGAGGCGCUGCACAGGUUCAAGCAAGCCAAGAAGGGGCUGCUGACCCUGACGGUGAGAACACGCCUCACGGCGCCUCCCGCCCUGAGCAGCGCCCUGUCGCCACCGCUUUGCCGCUCACUGAGCUCAGGCACCUGCGCCUCUGUGGACAGUACCUGGGCCCUGGGAAGCAGCGUCCGGCCCAGCUACCGGGUCCUGGUGGAGGUUUCCUUGCACAAAGAGGCCGGCGUGGGUCUGGGCGUGGGCCUGUGCAGUGUCCCCAGCCUGCAGAGUGUCUCCGGCAUCUUCGUGCUCGCCCUGUCGCCCGGCUCGGUGGCGCACCUGGACGGGCGGCUCAGGUGUGGUGAUGAGCUGGUGGAGGUCAGUGAGUGCCCCGUGCGCUGCAUGACACUGAGUGAUGUCUAUGCUCUGCUGAGCCACUGUGAGCCUGGCCCUGUCCCCAUGGUCGUCAGCCGCCACCCCGAUGCACAGGUGUCCGAGCAGCAGCUGAAAGUGGCCGUGGCACAGAGUGCGGAGACUGUUCGCUUUGCGAGGGAGAAGCCGGCAUGUGGGCUGGACGCAGGUGCCAAGCGGCUGGAGAGUAGCUGGCAUGGGCGGCCAGCCCUGGAGAGGGGCGAGAGUGGGCCACCUGCUCGCCGUAGGCCACAGACCAUGGCACGUUCCAGCAGCUAUGCCGCUGCAUCCCCGGGGGGCAGCCCCUGCAGUGCCCACAAGCCCUCUGCUUUGGACCCCGAGGUUGGCACCUCUAGCCCUCCCCGGGAGAACUGGGCACUCCCCACUGACCAGACCAACCACCCGCCCCUGCGACUGCGCAAGUCCUGUGAGAUCCUGGUGCGGAAGCCCACGAGCUGCAAACCGGUGCCUCCACCGCGGAAGUACUUCCGGGGCACCAGUCCCCCACUGCCGGGCACCCCCAAGGCAGAGCACAAUAACUACCAGGAAGCCAGUGGGCCACAGCCACCGCCACCAGCACAGGAAGGGGUGGCGGGGACAGUCGUCAGCACCUUGGCCUUGUCCUGCUGUGCGGGGUCUGCAGCCGGGGGGCCCGUACCAGUGGGGACAAGUGGCUGUGCAGGAGCCCCGGUGUCCCACACAAAGCCCUCACUGCUCCGGAGGCAGGCACAUGUGGACUGCGGAGGUCCCACACCCUCUGACGACCCCUGGGUGCGCAUCUCUGGCUGCAUCAAGACUCUUUUCAGCCCUGCCAUGAGCGAGUGCCCUGGACGUGGGGAAGAUGGGGUGCAGGGGGCCCUGCCCAAGCCUCCCGCUGCCACCUCACCGGCCGACAGCAGCACCGGGAAGAAGGGUCCACCUGUGGCCCCUAAGCCAGCCUGGUUUCGCCAGAGUCUGAAGGGCUUAAAGGGCCGAGCCCUAGACCAUCAGCCACUGCCUGAUGGGGGGUCCCUGGAGCCACCAGCACACCUGGAGCGCCAGGGCAUCCCCGCUCAGACCAGUACCUCCAUCAGGCAAAGAAUCAGCUCCUUUGAGACCUUUGGCUCCUGGAAACUGCCCAAGAGGGAGGCCCAGAAAUUUGAGCUGCAGACGCCCAGUCCCGCAGGGGCACAGGGCCCUACCAAACUGCAGCAGCUGCCCCCACGUCCCCCAGAAGUCUCUGAUGCCAGCACUCCUGGGAUGUCUGCGCCCCCCUCCCCCGGGCACCCCUGCAGUCAGCCAGCCCCCUUACCCAAGCCGGACACCCCCAGGGGGUGUCUAUCCCCGCUGGCUGGGGACUCUCUGGGACCCGGGACCAAGCGGCCCACCCAGCGGGCCCAUAGCUUCCCCCUGGCCAGCCCCGUGCCCAGGGAGGAAGCCCCUAGUAGGCUGUAUGGCCUCAGCUCCCAAGUGUCCUCUGCCGUCCUUCGCUCCCUGCUCAGCCGCCGCCUCCCAGCCACGCCCAGCUCACCGCCCAGCGGAGACCCUGCCGAGCUGCCUGCCACCGGUGACACAGGCUUCUCACUCAACCUCUCGGAGCUGAGGGAUUUCCAGGAGGGGCUGGCAAGGACGCCUGAAGCUGAGGAGCACGCACCCGGCUCCCCGAAGCCAGGCCAGUCGGUGCUGACCCUGCUGAGCACGGAGGAGCUGCAGACUCUGCUGGAGGAGGUAAAGGGCCUGGACAAAGCCACACUCAAGCAGCUGGAGUGCGUGCGUGUCACAGUCCUGCACAAGGCGGCGGGGGCAGGCCUGGGCUUCAGCCUGGCCGGAGGGGCUGAGCUAGAGAACAAGCUCGUCACGGUGCACAGAGUCUUCCCCGAUGGGCUGGCGGCCCAGGAGGGCACCAUUGAGAAGGGCAGCGAGGUCCUGUCCAUCAACGGCAAGUCCCUCAAGGGUGCCACACACCAAGAAGCGCUGGCCGUGCUCCGGCAGGCACGGGGCCCCCAGCAGGCUGUGGUGGUCACCAGGAAGCUGGAGCCCCAGCCCCCCAUGGCACCGGCCCUGCCCAUGGAGCCUGCGGAGAGUGCGGUGUUAACUGUCACGCUGGCCAAGGCGGCAGGCAGUGUGGGUUUCAGCCUGGACGGCGGUCAGGGGUCCCUACAUGGGGACCGGCCUAUAACAGUCAACAGGAUCUUCCAAGGGGCAGCAGUGGGGAGCGCCGGGGAGAGUCUGCAGCCGGGAGACGAGAUCCUGGCCCUGGGCAGCACCACCAUGCAGGGACUCACUCGAUUCGAGGCCUGGAAGGUCAUCAAGGCGCUGCCUGACGGCCCCGUCACUAUCGUCAUCCGGAGGAGGGGCUGUGGGGCCCAAGGGGCUCCCACAGCAGGGGACCCGCACUGAAUCUGCAGCCCCACCACACUCAGGGAUUCAUCACUGGUGCUUCCCUGGCCAACCUCGGCCACACCUUCUAAGGGGCCCCCCACAAGCCCGGGGCUGCCCCAGGUGAAGACGGAUGAAGAGCACAGCAC